ACAUCUCUCUCACUCUCUCUCUCUCCCACAGAGGAACAGCUAGCAGCAGAGCCAGAUGGCUAUUCCUUCUCUACUCUCUCUCAUCUUCUUUUUCUUCUCUCUCCUAGCAGCCCCCUCCAUCGUUUCCUCCUCUCCUGUUCAUGACCCUGAACUAGUAGUGCAAGAAGUCCACAGGAGCAUCAAGAAUGCGACAAGAAGGAACUUGGGCUAUCUUUCAUGUGGGACCGGCAACCCAAUCGACGACUGCUGGAGGUGCGACUCCAAUUGGGAAAACAAUCGUCAGCGGCUAGCAGACUGCGCCAUUGGGUUCGGCAAGAAUGCCAUCGGAGGGCGAGACGGUAAAAUCUAUGUGGUCACCGACUCCGGAGACGACGACCCAGUGACCCCAAAGCCGGGGACCCUGCGCCACGCUGUCAUCCAAGACGACCCGCUCUGGAUCAUCUUUGCGCGCGACAUGGUGAUCAAACUGAAGGAGGAGCUGAUCAUGAACUCGUUCAAAACGAUUGACGGCCGGGGAGCGAGCGUGCAUAUCGCCGGCGGCCCGUGCAUCACCAUACAGUACGUGACCAACAUCAUCAUACACGGGAUCAACGUGCACGACUGCAAGCAGGGAGGGAACGCCAAUGUGCGGUCCUCCCCGCGGCACUAUGGGUGGAGGACGGUAUCAGACGGCGACGGCGUGUCGAUCUUCGGCGGGACCCACGUGUGGGUGGACCAUUGCUCGCUGUCCAACUGCAACGACGGGCUGAUCGACGCGAUUAUGGGGUCGUCCGCGAUUACCAUCUCGAACAAUUACAUGACCCACCAUGAUAAGGUGAUGCUGCUGGGGCACAGCGAUUCGUAUAGCCAGGACAAGAACAUGCAGGUCACUAUUGCGUUUAAUCACUUUGGGGAAGGCCUAGUUCAAAGAAUGCCAAGGUGCAGACAUGGAUACUUCCAUGUGGUGAACAAUGACUACACUCACUGGGAAAUGUAUGCCAUUGGAGGGAGCGCUGCCCCCACCAUCAACAGCCAAGGCAACCGUUUUCUUGCACCUGAUAGCAGAAACAGCAAAGAGGUGACCAAGCAUGAGGAUGCAGGAGAAAGUGAAUGGAGGAACUGGAAUUGGAGGUCGGAGGGAGACUUGAUGUUGAACGGAGCAUAUUUCACUCCCUCCGGCGCAGGGGCUUCGUCCAGCUACGCCAGGGCUUCGAGCUUGGGUGCUAGGCCUUCUUCCGUCGUCGGUUCAAUCACCACCGGCGCCGGCGUACUUAACUGCAAGAAGGGCUCCAGCUGCUGACCAUAUCCCAAAAUCACAACACUCGUGUUUUAGAAAAUUCCAGUGUUGUUUCCAAAAAUUUUAUACUAGUUACUAUUAAUUAGGCUAUGCCGCUAUGGGGAGGGAAAGUAGGGCAAUUUAUUACAAGUCCAAGUACACCAGUUCUAGGCUUUUACUAGUACUACUUUUCUUGGCUAUUUCUCCCCUCCCCUCCAAUUUGUUUUUUAUCCUCUUGCUUUUGCUUUAUUUACCAGAUUUUGAAAUACAACCUCGGCCUGUAACUCUUAGGACCAUUGGGGAUUCUGUGGUUAGUCCUGAUGGGCCUAGAGAAAGCAAGUGCAGAAGUGUUGAUAUUUAUGUAUACUUGAUGACUAUCUAUUGGAAUGAAACUCUCCCUCUCUCUCUACUA